GUGCUUCUGUUGGGCCAGUAUGGCGAGUUCUGGUGCCUCCGGCUCGCUGAAAGAGCUGCUGGCUGAGCAAUUGCCAAAGGACGUACCCAUCACCUUCUAUCACUACUCAACUCCGCCCUCCAAGUCCUCCGCCCUCUUCUCCGCGCCUCCCCAUGGCAAGUCCGAAAAGACGUACUGCGAAUCGCAUACCUUGGCCGCCUCCAUUAUCCCCAAGGACGCUGUAGCCUCAGGUUUGCCUGAAGAAGUUCUUGUACUUGCCAUUGAAAUCUUGAUCUACACUACGAGAAACCUCACAACCAUAUUCGUGUCCAAAGCCGAUUCCACAGGCUACCUCUCCGAGCUACAGUUACCGAGGUCGCAAUCCUCGUCACCCUUGAAAGUUAUAUGCCGUACCUUUGUGUCUUGGCUUGCAAGAGAAAGGCAACGGGAAGGCAAGAAACUGGUCAUAUCUCUGUUUGCAAGAGCGCAGGACCAAUAUCUGUUUCCUGCAAGCAUUGAGAACAAGAACAAGCAUGUGCUGGACGACAGGGGCUUGGUCAAGUGGUGGUGCAAAGUCCUCGAUCCGAUCAUCUGGGAAUACAAGGCUGAAGGGGACCGGAAACCCUUCCCCCAACGCUACCUAGUGAUCCCAGGUUUCGAAGCGUACGAUACUUUGCGAUAUACCCCACCAAGCCCUGCACCAAAUACACCUCGUCGGUGGGCUGCCGCCCAUCCCCUCCUCCAAAUAGCUCCUCAUCCUGCUGCUCCGCCGCGCUGCCUCGUCCCCCAUUUCCCGGACGAUCCAAAAGCUAGAUUUCUUGACGAAUUGGACGAAGAACUCCCAGACCGGGGGACAGAUGCCAUGGUGGCUGAUGGAGGGACACCCUCGAGAAGCAACGGGCAAUGGAAGAGUGUGAAGACGCUUGAUCAGUUCUGGGAGUUUAUGGCAUUCAGACAAGAGUGCUCCUCAGGCCGGAUAGUGGGCUUUAUCUGGGUUGUGAUCACGCCGCCGAAGCCCUCAAUACCUGAAGAAGAUGAGGAUGUACUUUCGCAACAGUCCUUGUCUCAACCGCUCUCGCAGAAUAAACCUCAGAAAAGUAUUCGCACCCCUAAGCGCCCAAAGACGAGUCAGCGGAAGAAAGAGGCCAAACUGAAGUAUGGACCUAUACCCCUCGUUCUACCCAAGAUCAAGUCAAGGUCAUCACACCUGUCGACUUCUUCAAACACGUCCAAAUCUGGUAAAAUACCUCCUGAAACCAGUCCCUAUUGGAAAUGGCCUGCUUCAUCACGUGGAACCAUAUGUUUUUCGCUAAAGAACUACGACCGUGCACAUGAAGUGCUACUGCAACAGACGUUUGCGAACCGUGCAGCAGCAGCACGAAGUACAAAGAAAUGGAAGGAGGAAAUUGCCGUGUUGGGUGGGGUAGAAGACUGGGGCUUUGUAGUCACCGGAAGAAAAGAUUUUACGUCUACAGACACGUCUUCAGGUGCAGCUAGCGGUGUGGCGCCGACUAUAGUCAUGGGUGUGCGGAAGAAGAGAAAGCCCAAUGGGUCAGCAGAGGCAACAAACAUGGCGCAACAGGCGGUGGAGCCAGUGCAGGAAUUAGGGGCUGGCACAGUCCGCAAGAAAGUAAAGACUGACUCAGUCCUGCCGACCGAUGCAAGUGCUGCCAACGGGGUGAAUACCUUGACGGCUGGAUUGGUACGCAAGAAGCCCAAGACGUAGGUUCGACCAUACAUGGAACUGGAUAUGAUACUGGAUGUCGAUUGGCUUCUUGGGUACUUCUAAAAUUGGCCUGUAUUCGUCGUGGCCUGUGAAUUUGCAUAGCGCUGGCGUUUCCUUGGUUGCGCACUCAGAGUUUGAAAUAAUGAGUAGUUAUACGUGUU